CCUAGUCGUAGCGCGACGGACGGGGUGCUCAGUACUCGCUCAAGAGCGCAAGCGUGUCGGGUGGAGGCGGCGCGGGGAGCAGCAACCCCGGCGACGGCAGCGGUGUCGGAGGAGGAGGAUAGGAUGGUGGUGCUGGUGGUGGCCACCACCAAGGACCCGGCGUCCAUCGGCCCCGCCGCCGCCUUCCUCGCCAUGCCCGGAUGGUCCCCCGGCCCGCCCAUCGCAGAAGGGAUGGAGAGUUUUACUAAUGGGAAUGUUCGGUUAUUGAAGCAUGAACACAGCAUUAUUGAAGAGGAUAAUCUUGACCAGCGAUGGCAGGAAGCCACUGGAGAGCCUGUCUCUGAGGUCAUAUUCCUCAGCAAGCACACUGCAGUCUCCAACCGUCCAGCACUCACCGUGCAUCCAAUUGGUGUGCCACAUCUGAGGGAUGAUGAAACCCCACCCCAGGGAGGGACUCCUGGAUGGGCAGCAAUUCCAAAUCCUCGAAUUGGCCCUUGGCUCCGGUUGAUGCAAAAGAUUGCUGCAGAACAAGGUCUUGUUCCAGAGUUUGAGAUUACGCUUGAGGCUACUCACCAUGGACCAGUUACAAGCACGCCCACCAUGUUUGUUGAGAUAGGAAGUACGGAAGAAUACUGGGGUAGGCAAGAUGCUGCACAGGCAAUUGCUCUGGUUCUACGGAAAGGUCUUGGUCUGGAGGAUGGAAAUGCUGUUGGAAGUUGGCAGGGGAAUAGUGAAAAGGUUCUACUAGGUAUAGGAGGUGGUCACUAUGCUCCUCGUCAUAUGGAUAUUGUCAACAAAGAUGGUGUAUGGGUGGGUCAUUUACUCUCUGGUUACUCCUUGCCGAUGGAAACUCCAUCCCAAAUAAAUGGAAAGACUUCUGGAGAGGUUGCUGGAAUGUGGAAGCACUCCAUCAAAGUUUCCUAUGAAGCCACAAAGGCAGCAUUUCCUGGUGGUGAAGUAAUUGCACAUCUUGAUCACAAGAGCUUCAAGAGCUGGCAAAAGAAUGCUGUGACGAGCUACUUGCAGGAGCAGAACAUUAGGAUAGGAAAGCCUAGUGAUUUCUUCUGAUAUGCUGCAAGCCUGCAACAGUGCUGUAGCCCGUAGGCGAAAUCUUGGCGAGCCAUCAUGCAAGUCUACGAGUGCUUUGAGCCACAAACCGAGUACAUAUAUGGAACAGCAGACUUUGAAUAAUAAAAUUUCUAAUGUAAUUUCAAGAGCUUCAGUUUGCAUUAGUAAUAUGCAUGCAUGCCCUGAA